AUAGUUAGAAAUGUCCACAAAUGGUAAACUGUUUUACUUCUGUUUCGGAUCUAAUCUGUGGUCAAAGCGGAUGCAUAUCAACGUCAAGAGUGCCGUUAAAUAUGGCAAUGGAUUGUUGAAGGACUGGACGUUUAGUUUUGCCGGUGCUUCCAGACUCUGGUUGGGAUCCACUGCUAAUAUCGUACCAAAAACUAAUGGCGUCGUUUGGGGAACUGUUUGGACAAUUAGUGACACAGAAUUGGAUGGUCUGGACAAACAA